AUGCCAACGGUCCGGUUUAUCAAUGACACGCAGGUGCCGCUGCACGUCUGCCUCAAGCAGGUGUCGCCGCUGCACUACUCCAACUCGCUCCAGCCGGGCGGCAAGGUCAAGAUGCGCUGCGGCUCCGUCUGGUUCACGGUGCAGGCGCGUAUCGACCGCGGAGACAACGGCUACGACCGCUUCCAGACCUACGCCCCCAUCGCCGCCAUCACCCUCUGCGCCCUGACGCUCGGGGCGGGGGCCAUCUACAUUGCCGGUGCCAGCGCCGCAGCGGGCGGAGCGACGGCGGCCGUGGCGGCCCUCUCGGCCAGGAUCUCGGCGCUCGUGGCCAUGCACUCUCCGACGGCCCGGAGGCUGUACAAGUACGCGCAGAAGGGCCAGACGGUGGCCAAGGUCGGCCAGGUCAUCGGCAUCGGCGGAGGCGCGCUGACGGGCGCCAACAAGGGCCAGAAGCCCAAGGACCCCAAGGACAUGGCAAAGGAGCACGCCGAAAAGGCGACCCGGACCGCGCUCAAGAAGCUGCUCCAGGGCAGCGUGCUCAGCUCGCCCGGAUGGUACAUUAACCGCGACCGCACGCUGCGCAUCGUCGGCGGACCGCGGGCCUCGCGCGUCGACGGCCUGCUUGUCAUCGAGACCGACACGACGCAGCCCUUCGCCAUCGUCGACGAGACGGGCAAGACGGUGGCGACGGGCAACCAAGACGGCGGCGAAAAGGUGCCCGCCACGCCCGUCGGCGAAGCGGGGCCUGCCGACGAUGACAGCGAGGGGGAGGACAACACCGAGGAUGCGGCGCAGCUCAAGGCCCACGGGCCCCAGGUCAGCGUCGACGGCGGCGUGGCACCCGCCGCCAUCGCCGCCACUGCCCCCGCCGCCCCCGCCGUCGCCGCCCAGGCCAAGAAGGACUCGACGUUCAUGAGGCUGAUCAAGGGCGACAAGGGCUUCGCCUGA